GUAAUGUAUUAAAAAUGUAGUGGGGCGCGAGCUCGUACUGUCACGCGCAGAGUGCUCGCUUCGGGCUGUGGGAGUCUAGAGAGCAACUGUGUGUUCGCUCUCCAGCGGAUAGAAAAGACAACAGUCUUCUGCAGGGGCUCAAAUAACUUCAGUCUGUUUUAUAAAAAAGGGGCAAAGUCAGAAGAAAUUAAACGAGAAAAUAAAAAGACAGCAGUUAGUUGAACAGCUGACGGGACCCUCCACGCUGGCAGUCCGCUGUGAGUUACUUGAAACCGGACCGUUGAUUCAUCCGAACCGCUGGAUUACACUGCCUAAAACCAGCAAAUAACUUUUAGACCACCCUUAAAGUGUUUUUUCUUUGAGUCAGAAGGUUAUUUAACAUAUUUUUGCAAGAUGUUCAGCUGGGCGAACAAAGAUGGAAAGAAAAAGGAUCCCGAACUGUUUCAGACGGUUUCUGACGGGCUGAAGCGACUCUACCGGAACAAAUUAUUUCCACUGGAAGACACGUACCGCUUCCACGACUUCCACUCUCCGGCUCUGGAGGAUGCCGAUUUCGACAACAAGCCCAUGGUACUUUUAGUGGGCCAGUACUCCACAGGAAAAACCACUUUUAUUAGGCAUCUCAUGGAGCAGGAUUUCCCCGGGAUGCGCAUAGGCCCCGAGCCGACCACCGAUUCAUUCAUAGCGGUGAUGUACGGGGAACAGGAGGGUCUCAUCCCGGGCAAUGCUUUAGUGGUUGACCCCAAGAAACCCUUCAGAAAACUCAAUGCCUUUGGAAACGCCUUUCUGAACAGGUUUAUAUGUGCUCAGAUGCCAAAUCCAGUGUUGGACAGCAUCAGCAUCAUAGACACUCCUGGAAUCCUGUCCGGAGAGAAACAGCGGAUCAGUAGAGGUCAGUGGUUUUUUUAUUUUAAUUUUUUAUUAAUUUCCUCUUUCUAUUAUUGCCAUCUGUACUUCUUUUACUAUCCCCUGACUUUCCUUACCGGAGUUACCACAACUACUAAUACAAGCUCCAUUUACAUAGACCGCUUUGAGU